CCAACGUUGACACAUCACGCCCAGCCAUUACGACAACUUUCCCAUUGGAGCAGUACUCUAUCAAUCAUGCAGGGCUGUUUUACCGGAUAGUCAGAGAUAUUGGGAAGCUUUCAGAGUUUCAGGUGAGGGUGUGAGAAACAGGAAGUGUCCGGAAAAGACGUUGUUGGAGUACAUGGUCCGGAUCAGACGGAAGAAAGGGUAAUCAUGUCAAAUGAUGUGCGUUACUGUGAGAGGAUCUCAUACCUCUUUCUAAAGUUUAUACUCAUCGGCUACUCCACGAUCUUUUGGCUGAUUGGAGGGUUCAUCCUAGCCAUUGGCAUCUAUGCGGAGGUGGAACGACAGCGGUAUAAGACCUUGGAGGGGGUCUUCCUCGCCCCGGCCAUCAUCCUCAUUGUUCUGGGCAUUGUCAUGUUCAUUGUGUCCUUCAUCGGCGUGCUGUCUUCCCUCAGAGACAACUUGCUCCUCCUGAAAGUGUUCCUCUACACCCUGACAAUCUGUCUGAUUCUGGAGCUGCUUGGUGGGAUUCUGGCGCUUGCGUUCAGAAACCAGACAGUUCACCUCCUGAAUAAAAAUAUUCGGAAGGGGAUGGUGAAUUACUAUGAUGACCUGGAUUUUAAGAACAUUAUGGACUUUGUUCAGAGAAAGUUCAAGUGUUGUGGUGGGACGGAGUAUCUGGACUGGGAAGUGAACAUGUAUCACAACUGCUCAGCUCCGGGGCCACUGGCCUGUGGUGUACCCUACACCUGCUGUGUGGGCCUACAGCCACAGGUAGUGGCCAACACCCUCUGUGGACACCAGGUCCUGCAGAAACAGCGCCUUGACUUGCAAAAGGUUAUCCAUGUGAGAGGAUGCACGGAUGCCAUCUUCAUCUGGUUCAUGGAUAAUUAUAAAAUCAUGGCCGGGCUGCUGCUCGGAAUUUUACUGCCGCAGUUCUUUGGAGUGAUCAUCAGCUGGCUGUACAUCACACGUGUUGAGGAUGCCAUCAGCGAGUUCGGGCACUACCAGGAUGGCCUUCUCGAAGGCGAAGGCCCCCAGCCGAAAGAGCCGAGCAGGCUGGGGGCCUUGUGCCAAUGCCUGCCAGAGUUCGACUGACCCCCGUCCAGCCACAGCCCCCCCCACACACUUUGUCCCCCACAAAAAACACUCCUCUGAGCUCCAUAGAAGAGAAAAUGCACUGCCCCUGUCUCUCACUCCACUGAGGUCCUUCUAAAUCCUUCACCCUGGAUGAUUUUAUGUACCAUAUCUGGCCAAGAAGGAUGACUGGGUUUAAUGCAGUAUAUGUGUUUUCUUUUAAUUUCAUCAUUGAAAUACGGUUAGUUUAAAAAAUCUAAUUUUGCUGCAUAUUUCUGGUUCAUAUUUGCUUCAGUGCCUUUUGUGAGUCAGUUUAUUUCUGCUUUAAAUUGGCUGUUUUUUUAUAGUCAGAUCAUGUCUUACAGACUUGUAUACCUUUUUCAUAAGCUAAUCAGCACGUGCUCCCGGCUAUGAAGUUAAUGGCUUUUUUAACAUGAUGCUUUUUUUUUAACACUGAUCUGCCCUGAAUGAAAAUAACCAGCAUUCUAUGCAGUGGUUCAAAAGACCUUUCCAAAAGACCAUUCAUAAUGUCAGUAAAUUUCCAAACUUAUAAAUCAUAAAUGACCCUGCCUAAGCGAAAGAAAACACAUUUCCUUUUAAAUAUACUUCGAUUUAUUCUACCAGAAUGAGUCAUGCACGGCAUACAUAAAAGACAUUUUUGAAAUGUUUUUAUUGGUUUACUUGAAAUUAGUAUGUAUUGUUUUGAAAAUAUUUGUCGUGAUUUCCGCCAAUAAAUAAACUGAAUUGAAUUUUAUUUAAAUUGCUAUGCACUGAUGUUCAGGUCUGUGUCUGUACAGUGUAAUGAGUUCUUCUCAGUACACUGAUGCUGCAUAAUGCCCUGACCUACCUCAGGUUCUAGCAUCUCUUGGCAGUGAGGGAUAUUUUGAAAAGGAAUGCAAAACUUUAAAGUGCAGGAAAACUUUUUAAAAACUAGCUCUGUGUUGUGAAACUUGGUUGUGUUCAGUAAGCAGAGUUGCAGAAGAUGUUGUCAGUGAAACUUCGCAGAGAUCGAUCUGACCCGUUAAGCAUAGCUUUUUAAUCCAAAGGAAUACAGGGUUUUAAUUUGCUGUACAUUUUCUUUAUUUUUCAGUUUUUAACAAAUAUUUUAACGGCCUGAGUUGUGUAUUUUGGGUGUGUAUGGUUAUUUUACGCUGGGUGAAACUUAUUUCUUGGAUUUCGUGCUAUAUUUUGUUUAAUAUCAGUGAGUGAGGUCCUCGUAGUCUUCCCUCUGGUGGUGUACCACCAUCUCAGCUGAUUACCUGCUGUACCUUGCUUAGAAGUGGCAGGCCGGGUGCUCCUCCCUGCCUUUUUUAUGAUUCCAGACCCUCAUGUCAGUCAUCAGGUCACAUUUAUGAAUACUCCUCAAGCUCACGUAUGCAUGUAUACUUUUACAAAAAACCUCAAACUGAAAUUGUGUGUGGUGGUUUAGUUCGCUCUUUAACUGUGGCAGACGUGCUCUGCAUAUAUUUUUAACACUGCUUUUUUUUAAUGGUUGUCCAGAUUUUGGCGAAUUGACGAAUUGGCGAAUAAAGAGUCGUGCGUUUCCGUUUUGCUAAUGUUUAAAUGUGUUUCGGCCAGCAUCACUCUGUUUCCAUAGCAAUGGCCCGGGCUGCCGCAGCGGAGGGACACUGAGUAGCACUCUGUCUCGCUUUUAUAUCAUUUGCAUUUCACUGAGCUCUCUCAGCACCCCAUUCCAAAUAGUUUCAACUUUAAAUGUAAAAAUUUAAUUGAAAGAGAAGUUGAAAUUGGACUCUAUGCAAUUGCAGUACGACUAGGUGCUGUGCGUAGCAUGCUGAAGAGUAACGUGUUCAAUGUGUGGCAGAAACUAUGUACAUUCUUUUGCUGUGCCACUCAUUUUGAGGUGUAUUUUUGGUGUGCGUGUGUGUUUUUAAAUAUGACAAAGCUAUUAUAUGUAAGGCAUUGAACUGUGUGAGAGCUAUGAAUAAACUGUUUCAUUGAA